GAGUUGUGCGCCGGUCCCUGGGCCUGAGCUCGGCUCGGGCUGGGGCGCCUGCGAUGUCUCAAGAUGGCGGAGCUGGGCGAAUUAAAGGGGUCCAGGACAAAGCCUUCUAUGAAGGGACAAAUUGUGGAGGACCGGCUAGCAAGGCCUGCCCAUGACAAGGUCUCUUACAGAAUCACAGAAGGGAGUCUUUUAAAGAGAACUCUCCUCCCACCACCAUGCAGAGUCUUGAGCACAUGGUGAUGAGUUUCCGGGUGUCUGAGCUCCAGGUGCUCCUUGGCUUUGCUGGCCGGAACAAGAGUGGACGGAAGCACGAACUCCUAGCCAAGGCCCUACACCUCCUCAAAUCCAGCUGUGCCCCCAGUGUACAGAUGAAGAUCAAAGAACUUUACCGACGACGCUUUCCCCGGAAGACCCUGGGGCCCUCUGAUAUCUCUCUGCUCUCUUUGCCUCCUGGCACCUCUCCUGUGGGCUCCCCUGGCCCUCUAACUCCCAUUCCCCCAGCGCUUUUGGCUCCUGGCACCCUUCUGGGCCCCAAGCGUGAGGUGGACUUGCAUCCCCCUCUACCCCAGCCCGUGCACCCUGAUGUCACCAUGAAACCAUUGCCCUUCUAUGAAGUCUACGGGGAACUCAUCCGGCCCACCACCCUUGCAUCCACUUCUAGCCAGCGGUUUGAGGAAGCGCACUUUACCUUUGCCCUUACACCUCAGCAAGUGCAGCAGAUUCUCACAUCCAGAGAGGUUCUGCCAGGGGCCAAAUGUGAUUAUACCAUACAGGUGCAGCUAAGGUUCUGUCUCUGUGAGACCAGCUGCCCCCAGGAGGAUUAUUUCCCCCCCAACCUCUUUGUCAAGGUCAAUGGGAAACUGUGCCCCCUGCCGGGCUACCUUCCUCCCACCAAGAAUGGGGCUGAACCUAAGAGGCCCAGCCGCCCCAUCAACAUUACACCACUGGCUCGACUCUCAGCCACUGUUCCCAACACCAUUGUGGUUAAUUGGUCAUCUGAGUUUGGACGGAAUUACUCCUUGUCUGUGUACCUGGUGAGGCAGUUGACUGCAGGAACCCUUCUACAGAAACUGAGAGCAAAGGGUAUCCGGAACCCAGACCACUCUCGGGCACUGAUCAAGGAGAAAUUGACGGCUGACCCUGACAGUGAGGUGGCUACUACGAGUCUCCGGGUGUCACUCAUGUGCCCGCUAGGGAAGAUGCGCCUGACUGUUCCAUGUCGUGCCCUCACCUGCGCUCACCUGCAGAGUUUCGAUGCUGCCCUUUAUCUACAGAUGAAUGAGAAGAAGCCAACGUGGACAUGUCCUGUGUGUGACAAGAAGGCUCCCUAUGAAUCUCUUAUUAUUGAUGGUUUAUUCAUGGAGAUUCUUAAUUCCUGUUCGGAUUGUGAUGAGAUCCAGUUCAUGGAAGAUGGAUCCUGGUGCCCAAUGAAACCCAAGAAGGAGGCAUCUGAGGUUUGCCCCCCGCCAGGGUAUGGGCUGGAUGGCCUCCAGUAUAGCCCAGUCCAAGAGGGAAAUCCAUCAGAAAAUAAGAAGAAGGUUGAAGUUAUUGACUUGACAAUAGAAAGUUCAUCAGAUGAGGAGGAUCUGCCCCCAACCAAGAAGCACUGUCCUGUCACCUCAGCUGCCAUCCCAGCACUACCUGGAAGCAAAGGAGUCCUCACAUCUGGUCACCAGCCCUCCUCGGUGCUACGGAGUCCUUCAAUGGGCACAUUGGGCAGUGAUUUCCUUUCUGGUCUCCCACUACAUGAGUACCCACCUGCCUUCCCACUGGGGGCUGAUAUCCAAGGUUUAGAUUUAUUUUCUUUUCUUCAGACUGAGAGUCAGCACUAUGGUCCUUCCGUCAUCACCUCGUUAGAUGAACAGGAUGCCCUUGGCCACUUCUUCCAGUACCGGGGGACCCCUUCCCACUUUCUGGGACCACUGGCCCCCACAUUGGGGAGCUCCCACCGCAGCUCCACUCCAGCACCCUCUCCUGGCCGUGUCAGCAGCAUUGUGGCUCCUGGGGCACCCUUGAGGGAGGGACAUGGAGGACCUCUGCCUUCAGGUCCGUCUUUGACUGGCUGUCGGUCAGAUAUCAUUUCCCUGGACUGAGUUCCUUGGAUUAUGGAACCUUCACUCUCCUCCAACACUGAGCAAAUAUGCUGUGUGGAUCCCAACCCCUGGCUACUCUGACCCCUCAGGGGGUUUUGGCCAAAGGCCAGACAGACCUUCAAAGACACUUUUGGCCUCAUCUCUGUCUAACAAAGCCAGCACCAAAAGGUUAAUAUUUAACCUCUUUUAAAGGACAUUAGGGUCUAUUUUGGGGAAUGUUCUUUAGAUGGUGGCACAUUCCUUUGAUAUGUUAACCUAGGCAGUGGGAGGCAAAUGGGAUGGGAUGUGAGUUGGGGGAAGGGUGAAUCCUCAGCCUUUACUCUAUCUAGAGCCUCCUGGGGAAGGGGUCCUUUUCUUUACCCUGAGAUGCCCUCUCCAUCCCCCAAACCCAACCAUUCAUACUUUUCAUGUCCAUUCCGUUCCCUUUGGCCACACAGGUGGCAAAAUAGAGACAGACAGUUUCAGAGAUGGACAAAAAACUUUAUUUUGUGUUGCAGAUUUUUUGGUACAAAAACAGAAAACCCCAAAAUACUCCAAAGAUGACUUUCCCUGCCUCCUACUUCCCAGUAUGACUGAGUAGGAGAUAAGGCCUUAGUCAAGAUCCCCAGGGGUUUGAGAGCAGGGAGGGCCCAGCCUAUUGCCGGGUCCCUCUCUAUUUAUAUAUUUAAGUUCACAAUGUUUCCUAACACUGAUCAGCCUGGGGCCUAUGCGUCUAGAGGCUCAUGGCCCUGUGGUUUGCCCUGGCUCAUUUUGCACCUUUCCUGGGAGGUAGGAGGACUUCGUGUCCUCCUUCCCGAUCUCUUUUUUUUCUGGCUCCUCAAGGGCCUAGGACCUAUGUUGUAAUUUUACUUUUUAUUUUCAAAGUUGUAGCAAAGUUCUCACCCAUAAUAAAGGUUGUGAAUGUUAUGUGAGUGUCAUGGAG